AUUCUUUUGUUUUCUUUCUCUUAUCGGUUAUCAAGGAGGGGCUUUGUCUCAUCAGUUCUCACCGUAUAAUUCAAGGAGGGGGGGCUCCCGAUCCCAAAAUCGCAGUUCCGCUUUUCGUUGCUGUUUCCGCGUAGCCCUCUGCCGCGGUAAUCUAUCCAAAUUAGGGCUCCCCGACUGAGAGUAACGCAUAUCUCUACCGUCAUCCUCGCCUCCGAUCAUCGCCUCACGGUAACCUUCGUCCACUCCUCUCCUCCUUUCCCCAUUCUUUCCCCUCUCUCUCCUUUUUUUCUCUCUUGCAGGUCCCGUCCCAUGAGGCCCGCCCUCUCCUCCAAGCAUCCCAAAAAGAACGCCGAUGAGAAGCGGAUCAAAAAGAAAAAGAUGAAAUCUAAUAAGCGCCGCCGCCAUAACUCCUCAUCAUCGUCUUCUUAUUCCUCCAACUCGGAGAUUGAUGCUCGCUCUCGGAAGAAGAGCGUUCGGCGGGAACCCCAAAAGCCGGAGAAGAGGAGGAAGGAGCCCAAGAAGCUGGUGAAAAAGAAGAGCCGCAAGACCUACUACCGCAGGGAUUCCAGUGCUAGUUCUCCGAGCAGUUAUUCGAGCCGGAGUUGCUCGACUUGUCGCGCCCGGAGCAGCUCCGUCGGGCGGAGUGAGAGUGGCUCCGGUAGGUCGAGAAGCCCCCCCGGCCGGGCGAAAAGGAGGGCGAAAUUGAGGGAGAGAAGUAGGUCGAAGAGUCCUCCCGGUAGGAAGGCAAAAUUGGGGGGGAGGAGCAGGUCUAGGAGUCCUCUGGAUGGUGCUGUUAGGAGGGUGAAAUCGAGGGAGAGAAGCAGGUCUAAGAGCAGGGAGAGGGGAAGAAGUCGGAGGAGUUCACAGAGGACGAACUAUGAACGAGAUGAUGGUAGGUAUUGUGAGAAUAGUAGUAGUCAUAGCAGCAGAGGUUACAAUAGGAGUUGGAGUUAUAAUGAGGGGAAGUGUAAAGAGGUGGAUCAACCAAGGCGGCUUAAAUCGACACUUGUGGUAACCAAAGAGUCAGAGGGGAUGGAAGAAGGACUCCGUAGUAGGGAUAAGAUUGUUCAGGCUUAUGAUGAUGUGGGGAGGAAUUUUGAUGCACAUGAGCAAGCCUCAGAGGAUAGGCAAGUAGAUCUAGGUGGGGCAAAGCAUGCUACCGAUACUGGGGUUGAGGAUGUAGCUUGUGCGAAGGGAGAUAAGUAUGUUUUGACCAAGCUCGAUGGUGAGCCUUCCAAGAAUGCUGAUGUUGGAAGUGAUGAUUCCACAAGGAAGAACAGUGGGGAUGCAGUGAAUGCUGGUAAUUCAGAGUCCGAGGAUUUGGAACUGCAAUUGAGACAGAAGGCAUUGGAGAACUUCAGAAAGUUCCGAGGGGGGCUCUCGGUAAAUGCAAGCACCAGUUCUGAUCGGAAAGAUGAUUCUCUCCUUACUGAAUCCUGCAAGGAUGCUGGUAGACUUGUAGAGGCAAAAGAUGCUAUUAUUUUAUCAAAAUGGAAGUCCAAUAAUUCUCUUCAACGCCAAGGAAGCAUUCAAAGAGGAAGCUGCACGACCCAACCCAGAAUUAGAUCUGUUGUGAAUAUCCCAACAGAACAUGAUGAUAGAAAUUCAAUUAUUAGUCAUCAAAAUGCAAAGGAGAGUUCAAGACCAGCUGCCGAUGGCCAAACCACUUCAAAUCAUUUAAAGAGCAUGGAAGAGCCUUUGGACAAGGUUUCCUCAGGGAAAAUCUUACUGCCCAAAGAUAUCCAAGAUAGGAAGGCUGCUGCUGAACCUCGAAGUAGCACGACUAUAGGUACUGAAUUGAAAAUAGCUGAUGGGUCAACUUCAGGGGCUUCUGCUUGUCUCAGUGUGGAGAGUGGAAAUAAACCCGUGGAGGUGGAUACAACUGGGUCUAAUUUUGAGCAAAAAUCAUUUUCUAGAAUGCAUGAUGGCGAAAUGGUGCAGGUGAGCUACAAGGUUUACAUUCCAAAGAAAAGCCCAGCACUGGCAAGAAGGCAACUACAGCGGUGAAGGCUAUGCAAUAAUUCUUAAGUCUUUAUCUACUUCUCUUUUGAGUUCUGUGGUGGUUGACUGAGAUUUGAUUUGUUUUCCCUAUCUUUGCAUAUGUUUUAAACUGCAUCAGUAGAUGGCAGACGAUGAUAUAUUUUAUCUCUCUGGCAGUAUUCUGCUCUCUUCUAUGCUUUUGUUUGAUGGUUCAA